UCUCUCUCUCUCUCUUUCCUCUUCAUGGGGUUCGUAAAGUCUUCUCCAGCUUCUCAGUGCGCCGAUCUUCGAACCGCAUACCACGACUGCUUUAAUAGGUGGUUUUCGGAGAGGUUCUCCAAGGGCAAGUGCGAUAAAGAAGAGUGCGUCGCCGAGUGGGAAAAGUACAGAGGAUGUCUUGCGGAAAAUUUGAAAGAAAAGCAUUUGAGGAAUAUAUUACUGGAAGCCGAAGAAUCUUAUUUUCCUAAUAAAGGGCAUGAUGGCAGUCGAAGUUGUUUUAAUCAUCAGUGAAUGCUACAGGAAAUAGGUGCUUAUACUUUUUCAUUUUCAUCUAAUUUAAUUUGAUUAUCAUAAAUUUUUAAUAUCACAGUUAUGUUGAGCAAUAGCAUCUGAUGCCAUUCGGUAAUUUUUUGUAUCUGAGUUGUCAAACUUUUUUUGAGUCAAUACAAUGACAUAUCUAAAGCUCUGUUUUUUAAUACGACAUAUAUAUGGGUUA